UCAAACCCGGACAGGAAGAUCGAUACGUAUUUUGUUUCAAAAUAAUCUCAAAGGCAUUUUCUUCAACGUUAUAUACCCUUCGAUAAAGUUAUCGAAAAAUUAAAGUGUAAAAUGUGGUUGUGUAAAAUCUACAGUGAACAAAAUGGGUGAUUAUUAUUUUGAUAUUCGCUGCUUGAUGCUUUUUAUAUACUUAAAAAGCAUGCUUUAAAAAUUAAUUUGUGUACACACAAAUUUUAAAACGCUGAAAAAUGGCUGCCUAUGUAAAUUCUUUAUUGAACAAGGGCUCGGACACAGUGCAGGACUACUGCUGUACAGCAUGUGAAGAGAGAAAUAUUAUUAUUGACGCAGUCUCCUAUUGCAAAAGAUGUGCGAAAUAUUUCUGCGAUAAAUGUAACACCCCACACAAAACACUUUAUGAACAUCAUUCAGUGCUUGGUCGAGGUGACCUUGACAAAUGGCCAGUUGCCAAGGUAACAGUUGAUAUCGUAGAGAAGUGUUUGGAGCACCCGGAAGAGAAAAUUAAACUUUUCUGUUAUGGCCACGGUCAGAUCUGCUGUAACACCUGCGUAUCCUUGAAUCACAGGACAUGCGGAGAGGUGAAACUUAUCACUGAUUCGGGAACAAUUCCCAAGUCCAAAAAGCUCAGUUAGCUAAAAUCGAAGUCAAAGAAAAUCCAACGACGACUUUCGACGGCUGAAAAGAGACGAGAAACAUAUUUAAAGGAAUUAGAAUCUUCAUAUGAGAACAUGUUGUUUGAAAUAGAAGCAUUUCGCGAUCACCUUGUGGGCGAUUUAAAUGCGCUUGUGCAUGCGACCAAACAAGAACUCCGAUCAUUAAGUGAUGAGUUGAAAACAUUGCUAGAAAAGGAUGUUAUAAUGUGUGCGCAGUUUAGAGAAAGUUUAGGUAUAUCGUGUGAUGUAAUGGAUGAUGUUGGAGAAAAGAGUCGGACGUUAAUGUUUAUUGCUGAGCAGAAAAGCAUAAUGCUAUUUGAAAAAGCUGAUAAUUUGCUACAUGACAUUUCUGUCAAAGGGAAAUGCAGUCUGCGGUUCAAACAAAAUGAUGGAAUACGGCAAAGUUUACGUGACUUAAAAAGAAUAGGUCAGAUAAUAAAGCAAACACCAAAUAAAAUAAUUGAAUGCAAACGUUCACGUCGAUAUAAUGUGCGAAUGAAAGAUGAUAUUGAAGAUGUAUUGAUAACUGGCAUAUGCGAAUCGACCAACGGCCAAUACGUUAUAUGCGACUCUAGAAACAAAAAGUUAAAACUAUUAGACAGUGCAUUUCAGAUUAUCAGCAGAUUGGAAGUACCUGGUUGCAUCCAUGGCAUUACCAGUGUCGAUGCGACGAAGCUGGUGUGCAGUGUCAGUGGGAAAAAACUUAAUUUGCUUUACUUUGUGGCGGUGAAUGUUGAAGGAUUAGAGAUUGUAAACUAUACAGAUUUGCCGCACGAUUGCCGGGGGAUUUGCAGACGCGACGAAGAACUCUACGUUUCCUCUAUAAAUGCACUUUAUGUUUACACUCUGGCUGGCGAACUUUUAAGGAAAAUUGAUGUCAAUGAAUCAAUACAUUCAGUCCACAGAUGCGCAGUGUCUCUCGAUGGAACGAGGAUAUACGUGACCGCCGACGACAGCACUGAGCUAGUCACUCUUUCAAAUGACGGGUCUCUCCUGUCAACGUUUACUGAUUCAGAGCAGAGGAAAAUGGGAAACGUCCACGUGACACAUAAUGGUCAAGUCUUGGUUUGUUGUUGGGAGGACAACAGUGUUAUACAACUUCAUAACGACGGCAGAGAGCAACUGGCAGUGUUGGUAACCAACGGUGAUGGAUUAUACGACCCACAGACAGUGUAUUACAGUCAUGCCACGAAUAAAGUUAUCGUUGGUUUUAAUGGCGAUGAAAUCAUGGUAUUGGAUGUUAAAUAAACACAUGUUUCAAUGUUAUUUUAGUUUUUUUGUAGUGUAUAUGGCUAUUAAAUACAGUAACGUGUUUACUUCAUUGAUUCGUCAUGACACUGUAUUUUUGACAGAAAUAAAAUUUACAAUCAAUGCCUUUAUUUCGAAUGGGAUAUCUUUUGAAUUUCCGAAAACAGUGUCUUCAACUGCAAUCAUUUGUAUUUAUUGCAUAGGCACGUGUUCACAUGCAUGAACAAAAAUACUUGUUGUAACACUAAUUUCUUAUCUGAUAAUGUUCUGGACUGUUAAUGUCCUUUGUGUCAUGCCUUUAGCUGCGACAAAUAAGUGUGUUAUUUAUAUAGUUCCAAUUCUGCCUUUAAAUUGUACUGCAUAUAUAUUUGAGAUAUUGUUUCUUUUUGUACUGUUUAUACUUCAUGUUUAUAGUUUAAUAUACAAGUAUGUCUGCGGCGUGACUGAGUUUGUAGCCAUUUGUUGUCUAUUAUGUACUCAAUAAAUUAAAUAAAGUAA